AUGGCAUCCAUCGCCGGCGCCCGCGCAGCCGCUGCCCGUCACGUCGCUUCGGCCGCCGGCGUUUUCGGUACCCUCUUUCCUCGGCGUGGGUUCGCGGCCGGCACCGCCCUCCCCGCCCGCCGGACGCGCCCGCUGCCUUCCCACGCCGCCGCCGCCGCCGCCACGCCACCGGCCACACGUCUUCUUCGGCGCGGCCUGGCGAUGAUCCCCGAUGACUACCACUACCACGGAUCCAUGAAUCACGUGCCCCUUUGCUGGGUCGACCCCGAAGCUCCACGCGACCCGGCCACCUACUUCAACUACGGCGAGGAGGACCUCGCCUCGGAGGAGGCCAUGUGGGCGAUGUACGAGCGGUGGUGCGCCUUCCACGGCGUCGAGCGCGGCCGCGACGACAUGCUCCGGCGGUUCGGGGGCUUCAAGGACAAGGCGCGCAGCAUCCACGAGUUCAACAAGUCCGGCGCAUCCUACACCAAGCAGCUCACCAAGAGGGCGGAUCACACGGCGGAGGAGCGCGCAGAGUAUUUCCGUCGUCGCUUACCACCACGUACGUACCGUAGCUAGAGAGGAUCUGGAGCCAUCGGUGCCAGCAACAUCGAUCCAAGAACAAUGGCUGAUGAUGCUGGAAUAAAAAUAAUCUUACUAUGUGUCAUCUCCUACUGGUUUGGUUUGGGUGCAGACUUAUUAGUUGCGUUCGCUUCAACCUUAGGGUGAAUGAACUAUGCAUGUUUUUUAGAUGGAUUAUAAUAGUUAUUAAUAACAAAGUUGAA